AUGUCUCUUUCAACGAGAGAUUCAACUUACGAUGCCGGUCCGUCAAUACUCAGAGAUGUUUGGGGCCUUACGGGGGUUGCCAUUGUGAUUGUGAUUCUGAGGAUCUUCGCAAAAGCGAGGAUUGGAAAGUUCGGUGCGGAUGAUCUGCUCAUGGCUUUCGCAUUGUGUACGGCUAUUGUCGGCUCGAUUAUGAUCACCCUGGCCGUUCACUAUGGAUUUGGUCAGGAGGUGUCGACUCUUCGUGAUAUCGACGUGUCGAAGGUCAUCUUGCAUGACUAUCUGGCUCAGACAUUUGGUCUUGCCGGCGGUGCUAUAGGUCGGGUGUCCUUCGUUGUCUUCAUCAUCGGACUGCUUGUGCAAAAGUCAUCCCAGAGAAUCGUAUUGUGGGUCUUGAUCAGUCUGCAGGUGGCUGUCAAUUUGCUGUUCAUCAUCAUUAUUUUUGUCCAAUGCCCAGGCCACGAAUCGGCGAUAUGGGAUGAUACUGGCAAAAAGAAAUGCUGGGACUUGCAUGUGCAAGCCUAUUAUGGAUACUUCCAAGGAACUUUCAACGCCGCCACUGAUUUGGGUCUUGCAACCUUCUCGACGUACAUCUUCUGGAAUUUGAACUUGAAGCUACGGAUCAAAAUUGGGUUGGUGGCCUUGCUUGGAUUGGGCAUAUUCGCGAUGGUCGCGGCAAUUAUAAAAACAGUACAAACCCGCGUCCUCGCAACCUCAGAUAAUGACCCGACCACCGCGACCGUCACUUACGACCGCUGGCUAUUCAUCGAGACGUAUCUGGUCAUCAUCACCACGUCCAUCCCUUCCAUCCGAUCUCUCUUCCGCUCCAUGAAAAGCCGCAGACUCAACAACCAAAAGUCAUAUGAGCUCAGUUCCCGUUACGUCGGCUCAAUGCAUACUACAUCCAGGACGAGACGACGAGAUUCAUCGAUUGAUGGGAAAGGGAUCAUGAAUGCCUCGGAGGGGAAUCUUAGCAACGAGGUCUUUGCGCGAAUGGAAAGUAAUAUUGAGACGCCCCAGUCUAGCCAUUCACGGGAGUCGGUAAUAAUCGUGGAUACCAAAUGCUCGGCGUAA